ACCCACUGAGCCACCCAGGCACCCCCCAGAUAACCUCUUAUUGCCUGCAGUUUUUGUUCUUGUCCAUAGAAUGCAGUUACGGCCUUCGCUGGCAUGUGACACAUUUAGAUAAGGGGCAGAGGUAGCUGGACCAAAGGCGGGAGAAAGCUCUUGCCUUUUCCACAACUCCCCAGUCCUGCUCCAUAGACCCUAGAAACACUCAAAAAACGAGGUCUUGGAGCAUGCCCAGCCCUAGGCUUGUGAAGCUUUUCUGUAGACAUUGUUUCAGAGCCUUCUAGAACCAAGUCUUUUGCUCUUCCUGGCCUGGCUUCAGUCUCUAUAGAGUCUUCAGUUCUUAUCUGUCAUUGUGGAACCCUUCCAAGGGCAGACAUGGAGGGAAGGUAUUAGAAGAGCAUGGACAACAAGUUGCAGGAUGGAUUGCAGUAUAGCAUAUCCCAAGAACCUAGAAUGAAACAGUGUCCAUUUUCUGUUUCUAAUACUUGACAUUUGCACAGCACAUUUUCGUUCAUAAGCUCACAGAGUUCAGCUAGUCCUGUGAAUUAGAGUAGUUAUCUGCAGAGGACUCUUGUAUCAUCUCGUGGUUCCCUUAGAAUUCCUCCAGUUACUUGAGGAUGUGGGGCUGGGACGUGCAUCUUUGGAAACCUAACCCAGUGUUCUUUCCACGCGCUGCCUGCCUCCUAUUCCUUCCCAUUCCUUGUCCCAUCAGGGGCUCCUCUUCUGCCCAUCAUCCUGCCAUUGCUGAUCUGUUUGUCUUUGUCUCUUCCUAAGCUGCCAAAGUAAAUCCAAAACAAAUAGUGGAAACUUCAGUUCACAAUUUCUGAGAGGAUUUAGAAAUGGCAGGUUUUAAUGUAGACCUUGUACGUUCCUUUGUCUUUAGAGAGCAAAGCCCUCUGAGAGCAGGAAUGCUUCUGUCAAUGCAGACCUCAUAGACUCUGCAGUAGACGAUCUCUAGUAGCCAGUGCUAUGUGGAAACGAGAAGCACUUCUAGUCCGCCUCCCUGGGCACGGGUCCUCAGACUUCAAAGAUGAUUGCGAUCCCUUCAUUAAGCCAAAAGACUAUCAAUUCAUUGUUAUCUCAGAACUCCCAAAGAAAACAGCUUCACUGAAGAUGGGCAUAAAAUUUUAAAAGCUACAAACCGCAUAGUAAACAGACUACCAUGGGGUAGAGACAGCAGAUCCGGUAGGUAAGACAGUGACCACAUAAAGAUCUAGAAAUGAGGGAACUCUGUAAAGCAGGCUAUGAAAUGAAAGUAAGUAGUGGAUAUUUAAGGCUACCAGAAGAGAAAUAAGAGCAUGAAUGAAUGAAAAGCCAUUUGAGAUAAGAGAUAAUAAGAAUAAACAACAGGGUCAUUGAAAUUAAACUCCGCUUUAUGGGCAGCAUGACAUUAGACCCAACUCUUUUUUUUUUUUUUUUUUAAUAUUUUAUUUAUUUAUUUGACAGAUCACAAGUAGGCAGAGAGAGCCGAUGCAGGAAUAGAUCUCAGGACCCUGAGAUCAUGACCUAAGCCAAAUGCAGCAGCUUAACCCUCUGAGCCACCCAGGUGCCCUAGACCCAGCUCUUAAGAGUGGAUUGUUAACCUUGAAGGUAGAUCUGGGACUGAGGUCCCUUGCGAGAAACUCCUUGAGGUGCCCAGGCUGAGACUGGGGGGAAAUGACGGGGUGAGCUCUAGAUGGUAUGAGACCCCUCCCCACAAGAGCCAAACAAUGGCUACAGCCUUGGAACCAGAGGACCAGGAUCUUUGGGAAGAAGAGGGAAUUCUGAUGGUGAAAUUGGAAGAUGAUUUCACCUGUAGGCCAGAGUCUGUCUUACAGAGAGAUGACCCUGUGCUUGAGACCUCGCACCAGAACUUCCGGCGCUUCCGCUACCAGGAAGCCGCGAGCCCUCGAGAAGCUCUCAUUCGGCUGCGAGAACUUUGUCAUCAGUGGCUGAGGCCAGAAAGGCGGACAAAGGAGCAGAUCCUAGAGCUGCUUGUGCUGGAACAAUUCCUUACUGUCCUGCCUGGAGAACUGCAGAGCUGGGUGCGGGGCCAACGGCCAGAGAGUGGCGAGGAGGCGGUGACGCUGGUGGAGGGUUUGCAGAAACAACCCAGGAGACCAAGGCGGUGGGUGACUGUCCAUGUUCAUGGCCAGGAGGUCCUGUCAGAGGAGACGGUGCAUCCGGGAGCAGAGCCCGAGUCACCUAGUGAGCUGCAGAACCCUGUGCAGAUCUCGACUCCUGAGGCAUCCUGUGAGGAAACUGUACAGAGCCCGGAUCUGAGGCCACUGGAAGAGCAGAGCCUGUGCCAUGAAUUGGAGUUCCAGCCCCUGCAGGAGAGCGAGGUGCUGGCGUCCCAGGACCCAGAUCUUCCUGAAGAGAGGAGCACUGGAAACCCAGAGAUGGUUGCCCUUCUUACUGCUCUUUCACAGGGAUUGGUGACUUUCAAGGACGUGGCUGUGUGCUUCUCCCAGGACCAGUGGAGCGACCUGGAUCCAGCACAGAAAGAGUUCUAUGGAGAAUAUGUGUUGGAAGAAGAUUGUGGAAUUGUGGUCUCUUUGUCAUUUCCAAUCCCCAGACUAGAUGAGAUCUCCCACGUUAGAGAGGAAGAGCCUUUGGUCCCAGAUAUCCCAGAGCCUCAAGAGCCUCAAGAGCCAGAAAUCCUGAGUUUUACCUACACAGGAGAUAGGAGCGAGGAUGAAGAAGAUUAUCUCGAGCAAGAAGAUCUGAGUUUGGAGGAUCUGCACAGAUCGAUUUUGGGAGAUCCCGAAAUCCACCAGACUCCAGACUGGGAAAUAGUCUUUGAGGAUGAUCCAAAUAGACUUAACGAAAGAAGAUUUGGUACAAAUAUUUCUCAAGUUAAUAGUUUAUCGAAUCUUCGGGAAACCAUGCCUCUCCACCCCUUGUUAGGGAGACACCAUGACUGUCCUGUGUGUGGGAAGAGUUUCACUUGUAACUCCCACCUUGUUAGACACCUAAGAACUCACACAGGAGAGAAACCCUAUAAAUGUAUGGAAUGUGGAAAAAGUUACACGCGGAGUUCGCAUCUUGCCAGGCACCAGAAGGUCCACAAAAUGGGCACAUCAUAUAAAUUUCCCCUAAACCGGAAGAAUUUGGAUGAGACCUCCCCUCUGGUCCAGGCUGAGAGAACUCCACAUGUUGAGAAACCCUAUAGAUGUGACGAUUGUGGAAAACACUUCCGCUGGACCUCAGACCUUGUCCGGCAUCAGAGGACACACACAGGUGAAAAACCCUUCUUCUGUACUAUUUGUGGCAAAAGCUUCAGCCAGAAGUCUGUGCUGACAACACACCAAAGAAUCCACCUUGGAGGCAAACCCUACCUGUGUGGAGAGUGUGGAGAGGACUUCAGUGACCACAGGCGGUAUCUGGCACACCGGAAGACACACGCAGCCGAGGAACUGUAUCUCUGCAGCGAGUGUGGGCGCUGCUUCAACCACAGUGCCGCGUUUGCCAAACACCUACGAGGACACGCCUCUGUGAGGCCUUGCCGGUGCACCGAAUGUGGGAAAAGCUUCAGUCGGAGGGACCACCUCGUCCGGCAUCAAAGAACCCAUACUGGCGAAAAGCCGUUCACGUGCCCUACCUGUGGAAAAAGCUUCAGCAGGGGCUAUCACUUAAUCAGGCAUCAGAGGACCCACUCAGAAAAGACCUCCUAGCUAGGUUCCCAUGUGAGGAGGUCUGCAUUCAGCCCUCACCUGGGGAUGGGCCAGGAGACGCCCUCUUGUCAGCCUGGGAAGACCUUUUCUGGGGAGUCUCCCUGACGUGCCCAGAUCUACAUCACCUCUUCCCACAGCUAACUAAAGUCCCCCAGGCAGAACCUCUCAACCUUCUACUUCUACACCUUGAGGAGGUUUUUUGCCCAAAGUACAACCUGGGUGGAGGCUUCUCCUUGACUGGAGUGUUCCUGCCUCUACCUCAUGGGUGUGAAGCAGGAGAUGUAGAAGACUUAACAAUAUCAUGGUUAUUAUACUUUCCCCUAAAUAGGCUGUUGCAUAUCCUAAAGACUGCUUCACAGCCUCAAGUAUAAAGUUGCCCAGGACAGCCCUUUAGGUUUGGUGAGGGACCGGCCUCUAGGAUUCUGUCCUUACUGGGCUCAGAUCUUAAAGCACACAGCCCCGAACUCAAGGCAGGAGAUCUGCAUCCUCAUGGCUCUGCCACACAUUCACGUGAUAACUACAAAUCUCUCACUGGUUCACUUCUUCACCAUGCACUUUCCUUUGAUACCUGGGGAGAGAUGGGAGAAGUGUCUGAUGGGGGAAAACCUUGAGGCUGUUUCAUAUGGACCUUGUCAGGCUGCUUCCUUACCUGUUGCCAAAAUACCAGGGGCCAGACCCUGCUAGAAAGGAGGAUUUCGUCAGAAGCCUCUUUCGCUGGGGGUGUUUCCCUGUUGGAAUACUCUGCCCACCCUCCUCAGUAUUCUACCAGCCUCUUGGUUUUGCCCCUAGCACUUCUGCAAAAGGGAGAUGGAACAGCUGGGUGCCAGGGGAGUCAGUAAAGCAUAAUGACAUCACAGUGAAGUCAUUUACAUUCCCACAUACGUACAAGCCCACCCACCCUGCCCUCUUUGCGUGGGUUUGCAAAGGGAUUUUGGAACCAUGUCAGCUAACCUAGGUACGAUAAUAAUUACAGAAUCACAAUUGACUGGGUCACUUCAUUUAUAUGAAGAACACAAGAAGACCUGAGACCAAAUUAUGAGGAAAAUUUUGUAAAAGCUGUUGCUGCUGGCUAAGGCCAUCAAGACUAUACUGACACCCAGCCCCUAUCAUCCCUGCCUUGGUUCUCUGAUAUCAGGGAAAAUUAUGAACCCCAGCACCUGGGACCCUGAAGAAUUUACCAGGAGUAAAUGGCUUUCAUGUAUUUGCGUUGUUUGCUUUUUCUUAUGUGAUCUCAUUUUUAUGUAAUUAAGAACUAAAUAGUAGUAUCUCAUGGCUGAUAGUAGGUUCUCUGUUGCCUGAUUAAGGAUCCUUGGAGAUGGGGAGGAAUAAUUACGAGCCUCACCUGCUCUGCUUGUGGGAGUGGCAAGGACUGGGUGAGCGUCCUCCAUAAAUGGAGCAUAGGGUAUGGGAUUAAAGCAUGAGAAGGGA